AUGACCGAAACUUCAACUAAGCAGCAGCGUUUUACAAAACUCGCACAAGUUCGGUCAAGUCAGCAUGACAUUGUAUGUAGUGUUGGUCUUGACACAGAACUUUGUGUUCAAAUAUACUGGUACACAUGUUUAAAUGAUAAUUUAACCCAAGAAGACCAAACCAAAGCGUUCUAUCAGUUAUGUGAAGCAAAGAAAAUCAACUCUCCAUACUUAAUGAAUAUAUUAGAUGUUUCACAGACCGUAAAACCACCACAAUUUAUUGUUGUUACAGAAGCCGCAGACUCUCCUUCUUUAGCAACACACAUCAGACAGCUUGUUGCUCCACCAUCAGAUAAAACGAUCAUUCGUUGGUUUAAAUCCUUAGCAACAGCUGUUCAAGCUUUACAUAAUUCACCAAUGAAGAUUACACAUGGAGAAGUUUCGUUGAAUAAUGUAUAUUUCCGUUCCACACCAUCAAAUCUCAAACUAACAUUGCCUAUUUCAACUUUAUCACUUCGCUCGGUUUCAAAUCAAGCUCUUGAUAUUGAUUCAUAUACAGCUCCAGAGAGAUUGAAAGGCACCAUUGCUCAGUGCAAUGAUAUUUGGUCUCUUGGUAUUUGUUUAUUAGAGCUUUUGACUCGUGAGACCGCUUAUUCAGAAUAUCGUACACCAAUCGAGUUGUUUGAUGCAUUAACAGAAUAUAAAUUACCAGAAUCACUCAACCUCGUUAAAAACCAGGCUGCUGUCGAUUUAAUUAAGAAAUGCCUUACGCCACCAAGCCAAAGAAUACAAAUAAACGAGCUUUUAAGCGAUUCUAUCUUCAAUGAAACUUCUUCAACAGCUGCUACUUCAUCCGCCAAGGACGUUUCACAAAUCAUCUUUGUAUAA